UCAGUAAACUAGAAACGCUAUAGUCAUCAAAGUUCUUUACAUUUCUCCUGCUUUCAAUGUGAAUGGAAAAGCCAGAAAAGGUAGUUUAUUAUACGGCUCACGUUAUCAGUUGAUAUGUAUGCAAACGCACUGAAUGGCUCUAUGGAUUUGUCUUCAGUCAGCUUUGGUGGGCUUCCUGCUUUGAUCCAGCGCGUGGCCCCUGUCAUGAGUGCUUAAAGAAACGGCAGUCUGCUGCGCUCUUCAGCUGGAAACUCGCAUGACAUGAAGCUUUGGAAAUAAAACUCAUGGAGGAAAAUUUGGAUGUCAAGGCCCUCAGGGCCAAAUUUCACGCUCAUUUAGAGAUGGUAGGUUCUGGAGGUGGAGCUCCCAUUAAACCUCAUACAGCUGGUGCGUUGCCAGAGUCUCUAACCAAUGGAGUGCUCCGAAACAAACCUUCAGCAGUGUUGCCGAGAUCAAUUCUUCCUCUGAACUCUUCAAGCGAAUCAAAGAUGUUUGGUUUGGGUCCUCAAGGAGUGUUUCCAAGACCUCCUCCUUCUCAUCGUGUAGGAACUCAGGAGACUCCUAGAACGCCCACUAUGGAGGUCAAUGUGCCGAACAAAGUCAAACUAGCUGGAGAACUUCUUCAGAAAAAGGUAGUACUAAAACAACACAGCGAAAUGAAACUGUCUCCAACUUUCAAGCCACUGCUGCCUAGUCAGAGGAGCGUGUCGGAGGUUGCACCUCUGAGGAAGCCACUUCCAAAUGUCGGGCUGCGGCCGACAAAGCCAAAACGACCUCCGUAUGUGAAUCUGGAUCAUUAUCGGAAAAAAGCACCUGCUAUUCUUCCCAAAGGACAUGUAGAAUCAAAAAGUCCUAAAGGACCAGCAAGACCUCCAAAUAAACCUAGCCUGCUCUCAUCAUCUUUUUCAGAAUUAAACGUGGACCCGGAGCAGGACACCUAUGAUGACAUAAGCACACUCCCACCACCUCCUCCACCUCCCCCUAAACCCAGAGACUCAUGGACUGACAGUUACCCAUCUCAGCCUAGUGAGGACAGUGAUCAUGAAAUCUAUGAAGACAUAGACAAACCAAAUGAGAUUCCACCUCCUGUCCCCACCGAGAGGAAGUUUUCAAAAGAUGCUAAAAAGCAACUAGAGCUGGACAAGAAAGAACAGAAAGAAAAGGAAAAACGAGAAAAUGAGUAUAGAAAAAGGUUUAAGCUGAAUGGACCUAUUGAGGUGAUCCACAUGGCUCGCGUGAGAGAGGACUGGCAUGGCGGGAAGGAUGAUCUGAGCGUACAGCAGGGGGAGAACGUGGAGAUCAUCCGUGUGAACAACAACCCUGAGGGGAAAUGGCUGGCACGAAACCUGAAGGGAAGCAUUGGCUACCUCAGUAACAUCUGCGUGGAUGUAGAUUAUGAGGAAGUGAAGCGAAAAAUCCGGCAAGCCACUCUCUCUCACAUCUCUUCUGUAGGCCAAACCGUCAGCCAGGAAUGGUACGAUGACAUCGGCUCCAGCAACGAACUCAACAGUUUUCAUAGUGAUGAUGUGUACGAUGAUGUGGACCCGCUCAUGAAUGAGGAGUUUCCUCCCCCUCCGCCAGAGAUCAGCCAUGAUCCAAAAAAGGCCAAGCUGCGAGAAAAAGAUGAGAAAGUGUUGCGAAAGAAGUUUAAGUUUGAAGGGCCCAUCAGAGUUCUUUACACCAUGAUGGUAGAUCCUAAUGCUAGUUUAAAGAAGGGUGGCAGCAAAGACCUGACAGUUGUCCGUGGAGAGAUUCUUGAGGUUCUCCAACAGACUGAGAAGAAAGCUUUGUGCCGUAACAAUCUGGGCAAAUAUGGAUAUGUGCCCCUGAAUUAUCUUCUGCAUGCGGAGGGUGAGAUCUACGAUGACAUUGACACUGCAUCAGAUAUAUAUGAUAAUGAUGACAGCUGACAUGCUAUGUGGCAAUAUGAUGGUGACCUGAGAAAGUAAAGAGAAACUGAACAUCUUCCAUUCCCCCUAACAAAUGAAUGAAUCACGCAAUUUAAAGACAUUGACUUUAGUUUUGUAUAUUGUGGAAAUAAAUGGGGGAAAAUGUAUAGCAUGAUUUAAUUGUCAUAGGAAUGUUUUUGAUAUUAGUAUUAUUUUUUGAUUUUGUAAAUGACAACCCAGAAACUGUUCAAAUGAAAAUAAAGUUCUAUGUUUUU